AUGAGUUCGGUGACACUCCACACAGAUGUUGGUGAUAUCAAGAUAGAGUUAUUUUGUGAUCAGGUGCCCAGGACUUGUGAGAACUUCUUAGCAUUGUGUGCCAGCGAUUACUACAAUGACUGUCUCUUUCACAGAAAUAUCCCAGGCUUCAUGGUACAGACGGGGGAUCCAACAGGAACCGGGAAGGGUGGAACUAGCUGCUGGGGAAAGAAACUUGAAGAUGAACUCGAUGAUGAUUUAAAGCAUAAUAUACGAGGGGUCGUUUCCAUGGCGAACAAUGGACCAAAUACCAUUGGGUCACAAUUCUUCAUCACGUAUGGAAAGCAGCCUCAUCUUGACAUGAAAUACACCAUCAUUGGAAAAGUCAUUGAUGGCCUAGAGACUUUGGACGAGCUUGAGAAGUUAAGAAUCAACGAGAAAAACUUCCGACCUCUGACAGAAUGUAGAAUCAAGACAGUUACAAUACAUGCCAACCCCAUAGCUGAUGACGCAUCAUAGCGUCUCAUUCUGUAGUGUUAAAAGGUAUUGGAUAAAAUUCUUAAGGUAUUAUUUUGAAAAAGUGUUGUAUUUACUGUUGUUCAUAUAAAAAAUAAAAAAAAACAACAACCAGGAAGAUUCAGACACUUUAAAGAUAUCUGUGACUGAAUAAUCAUCAUUUUAUUAAUCCCCUGUGGAGACUAAUGUACCACAUAUCAGUAUAUGGAAUAAAGUUUGGAUGGUGUUUCAGGGUACCGUCUUACAAAGAGUUAGGAUUAAUCCAAUCAACCUCAACUAUAUGGAAAUUCAUCUGUGUCAAUUUUUUUCUACAGGAAAUUUGCACAAUGUCCUAUGUAAACAAAGAGGAGCACACUGAAUUUUCAAGAAAAUGAUGGAUGUAUGAAUAUACAUCAUAUUUAGAAAAUAUUUAAACAAACAUCAUGAAACAUGUAUUUUAGAUGUUAACGUAGCUGGCUUUCCAUAGUUGUGGUCGAUUGUAACAAUUGCAACUAUUUGUAAGACAAGGCCCUUGUCACUGGUCGUGUGGUUAGAGCAUUGGACUCAUAAUCGCAAGGUUGUGAGUUCCAAUCCCGACUCUAUCAUUGUCUCCACUUUCAUAAAAAGACAGAGAGUAAUAUCUGUCGUCUAUAACGUCAGCCACUAUGACUGAUUAACCUAGACGUAAAAUGUUUCCUAGGUAAUUGGUUAUAUACCAGCUUGGCAUUUACCAGCAAUUAAAGCUGCCCUGCGGAGUUCCUACGGGAGUUACCAUCAACAGAAACUUUAUUUUCACCUUUUUGAAGCACUAAAUAAUGAUUUUCAGGUGCAAUUUUCGCAGGGCUUCACUUUUACAACAUAUCACAGACACAGGUGAUAAGUUAGUACUUGCAGCUCAUGCUUUUAAGAAUCAAAUCAAUCUUAACUGAUGCCUUUAAUGAAUAUUACAUUUUUAUUUUAGAUGUCUAAAAUACGGCGAGAACCUGUGAAAUGUGUAUAAAGACAAUCUCAAAGGUACUAGAAAAGUGGCCUUUUAUUCACAGAAACAUUACUUUCAGAUUAGCAGUUUUUAUUCGGGAACGGCACUGCAUUUUUGUUUUUCACUUACAUAUCAUGCUCCUUGUAUAAUCGCAGGGAUCCCAGCUAAUCAGGGAAGUCUGUGAAAAUUAUUUUACCAUUUUUUCCAGUCAUGGAAAAGUGAGGGAAUUUGGUAAAAAUGACUCGAAUUAGGGAAAAGUCUGGGGAUUUUGAUCCUCUUCAAAAGUGUAGAACAAGCUUGUAGACAGAAUGUGGAAACAAGACCAUGAGUGGGACAAGAUAAUGAAAAGAAAGUGUCUCCUAAAGAUUGGUCUAAUUGUGAGUUGUUUGGUUUACUUUUUCAUCAGGGUUGUUUGAUUUAAAUCAUGUCGAUUUAAAUCAUGAUUUAAAUCGCGAUUUAAAUCACUUGAUUUUUUUCAAAAAAAUCACUGAUUUAAAUCAACUUUUAUGAAAAAAAUUAUUUUUCUCUAUUUUCUCUUCUUCUUAACAGAUACUUUAAAUGUAAUCAUUUUCAUUUCUGUUCCACAUGCUUUAGAGAUACUUUAAAAGAAUGAUACACCCUCAUGGAGUCUGAUUUAACACCACUGUUUUAUUUUCAAAUUGUAAAACAAGCAAAACUGAUGAAAACAACAAGUUUCUAACGAAGUAAUGAUAAAUAACUCUCUGUAUGUACACCAAACUGUUAAAUCUUCAAUAAAAUAAUAUAUAAAAUCUACAAAGGUGCUCAAAGUCCACAACUUGGAUACUUUUACAAAACAGCUGAACUACUUAUAUGUACCUCCUUCUUGUUACUAUUAAUACCCAUUCUUUCAAUUACUUAAGUUGAAGGCAUAUGUGUACAUUUGAUAAGAAUUACAUGUAUUUUUGCAUGCUUGUGUAUUUUCUUUUCUUAUACAUUCAAUUACACAAUUUCAAAGUACACAUGUAUACUUAAUAAGUAAGAAUUUAAAAAUGGGAAAGUUGCUGGGCAAGUGUUACUGUAUGCAGCAAUACAACUGCUGUGCUUGCUUGUUCAUGUAAUAGUUUGAAAAAACAGCACAUCAAUGAUGUGGUGGACAGUGGUGCUUAUCCUACAGGCCUUUAAUAAUGUCAAUUUUGUUAGAAAUUCUCAAGUUCUUUGAGUACUUCAUGCAUUGGAGUAACACUUCUGAUGUUUUGAACUGACUGAUAUAAAAAUUUCAAGAGUUUAAAUGUAUACAUAAUACAUAACAUUACUUGGGCUUCCAUAAAAUGUACCUCUCUAUAAUGCAAAUAAAUAAAAAAUAAAUAAAAAAAAUUACCUGUAUAUAAGUGGAUUAUUGUGUCAAAUAGUACAAUACACAAUGUUCAAAAGACUACUUGACCACUAUUAUUGGUGUAAAACAGUGUAAAUAUAGUUUAAAACUUGUUAAGUGUGACCAUUUUUUUUCUUUGGAAAAAAAUAAAAAAAAUCUGAUUUAAAUCAUAAAAAUCCGAUUUAAAUCAAAAUAAUCCGAUUUUUUUGAUUUUUUUUAAAAAAUCCAAAAAAUCAACAACCCUGUUUUUCAUGUAAAGACACAAAGAGCAUUGAAUUCAGUUGGGUAAGAAAGACAAAGUAGAAAAAUUGUGGUAUUCAAUUCACAUUUAUUUCAUUUUCAAUUUUCAAAAUAAUAUAAUAUAGAUGAGAUGAGGGUUAUUAAUAAAUGGCAAGUAGCUCAAAUUGGUACAUGCCUCAGUGGUAGGGGACCACACUAUAAUCGAAGAAGGCUCAUUAAAUUUCUUCAUUCUAGUUUGAGCGAAAUUUAUGAGAGCCUUCUUCAACUUUUCUUUGAAUAUAUUUUGUAGUAUUUUCUUUCCUUGAUGGAAAACAUAUAAGUGUUUUAGCCACAUAUGUGAUGGGUACAGCAUCAUAUCAAUCAUUAGAGUGACUUUUCUUUAAUUAGUUUGUUUAUUAUUUUCUUGUCUUGAUGGAAAACAUAUAAUGUAAAGUGUUUUGGCCAUGUAUUUGAUGCAUGCAACAUCAUAUAAAUCAUUACUGUGACAGAUGAAUAAUGUAUCAAUUACCAAUCUUUGUAAUCUUAGACACUGAAUAAUUGAAACUCUUUAGCACCAGUCCCCAUUGGGAUUAACAACUAUGACAUCACAUUGGGUGAUUUCAAGUUCGGUGUUGGUGUUGGAGGCGCAUUUUGGAUUGCGUUUCCUAGCUCCAAAUCCUAUUCUGAGUUAAAACAAUCCAGAUCACAAUAUUGACAGCUCAACACCUAGUGAGUGACUUUUCAGGACCAUCUUCAUUUUAUGUUUGGUGUUAUUCUCACAAUGUAAAAAUUGACCAAACACCAACACCAAGAGGUCAACACUGAACUUGAAAUCACCCAUUAUCAUUCUAUAUAUUCUCCAGUGUAUUGAUUUCAUUCCUUUUACAGAGAAGUCUGUAACUGUGUAUAGUGUACAAUGUAAAUAGAAUGUAAAUAAAGUUUUGUAGAAAGAAUU